GGAAAACGCACAAACCAGGGAUCUUUCAUGUUAUAGUGUCCUAUUAAAUGUGUGCUUAAUAGCAUUGUUCCAACAUGAUGUUAUGUACUAUAUUAUUAGUGAUAUUCCUAUCAUCACAAAUAUCCCAAAGCCAUGGAUUCUAUCACGUGUCUUCGAUGCAGACAUUUGAACCGGAAAUAAAAUUAGAGGAUGCAUUAUUUGGAUACAGUAUAGCUUAUCAAGUGUCAACAAAAAUGUUGAUUAUAGGAGCACCAAAAGCUGACAUUGUAGGCCAGAUAUACAAAGUAGACCUAAAUAGAACACGGGCAGUUCCGGAAAAAAUGGAAUUAAUUUUGAAAGGACAAAAACAAUUGUUUACAGAUGUCGAUGAUAAUAGCUAUAACUACUGGCUUGGAGCAAGUGUCGCUGCAGAUUCGAAACUCUUUGUGGCGUGUGCUCCACGACAUAAUAAUUUUACAAACGUGGGUUCCUCUCAAUACACGACGAGAUCGACAAUUAUAGGCGCCUGCUUCAUUCAGCCUACUAAUGGCGAUCUAAUGAAAUUGCCAGAAAUUUCCAUUAGAAGUCGUAAAAUAUUCGGGAAAAGUAUUGCUCAUACAAUGGAUACGUUAGGCUUCACUAUUCAAAUCACAAGCUCAAGUGAAGUACUAAUUGGCGGAGCCGGCGCCAACAAAGGUCGAGUUUCUAUGUAUAACAAUCCAUUGACCUCAGAAGUACCGCCGCUGAUAUACAAGACAAACUCUGUAGAAAAUGAAGACUAUUUGUACAACUUCGGAUACAGCAUUGCUGUGGGGAAGUUUUUCAACAACGAGACGGUAUAUGCUAUCAGUACCCCAUAUGGCGAUAUUGGAAUAGGAAAGGUGUUUUUUUACAAUACCCAACUCGACAACAUAAAAGUAAUAUCGGACGACAUAGCGGGGAAUUUGUACGGAGCUUCUCUGUGUGUGGUUCAUUUGAAUGACGUGCGAGAUUCAUUGAUAGUUGGUGCACCGUUGUACACGGACUCUUACGAUGAGUAUGACAAAGGAGCGGUUUAUAUCUACAAAAGCAGUUCAGAACAAUCUUCAAGGGGAUUCGGGAAGAAGAACAAGAUAAUAAAAGGUUUCUCAGACGGUGGAUACUUUGGUUACGCGAUAGUUAACUUAGGCGAUAUGGAUGGGGACAAUAAAGAUGAAGUAGCAAUAAGCGCACCAUAUGAGGAUGGAGGCGAUGGCACCGUAUACAUAUUCAGCGGAGAAUCGUUACUAAAUAACGGAAAUUAUGCGCAGAAGUUGAAACCUGAGAAAUUUAGAGGUUUCGGAUUAAGUAUGACUGCUCUCCAAGAUCUGGACAAUAAUGGUUGCAGGGCACUAGCUAUCGGGGCACCACAUGGUAACAAAGUUGCAUUAUAUAAAUGUUCCAGUGCGAUCACAGUGAAACUCAGUUUUAAUCUACCACAGAUUCAGGGAUUUCUGCUAGAGAAUCAAAUAAUAAGUUUUACUAUAUGUCUCUCUGUCACUUAUCCUGAAAAACCGGAAGUUAUUAACGCUGAUAUUGAAAUUACAACAGAACUCACUCAUCCAAAUUCAGAACUCGUGAAUGGAAUAGACGGAAAGUAUUCAUACGUGGAAAACUUGGAUAAGAAACUACCUUUCUAUUGUAACACUCUCCAAGCUAAACUACGGAGGGAUCAGAAUAGUGAACUCUUCCAAAUAAUGAGAUAUAAAAUAACAGCGAAACUGAAAAAUGACCCGGAAGAACAGACCUUUAAACCUGCUCGUGUUGUUCUUUCUCAAAGCAGUAAACUAGCGCUCCAGGGUGAGGAAUGGCAGUCUUCUUGCAAUCUUGGUGCAUGUGUGCCAUUACUAAAACCCCACUUCAUAUCAUCGAUUCCGGCAAAUUACAUUAUAGGAACGUCUAACAGUAUACAAUUCUCUAUAGACAUAGAAAACGAAGGACAGGUAGCUUAUACCUCCUGUCUUAUUAUAAAAGUAGAGGGGGCCCAUAUUCUGCGGCACAGCAGCCGUUGUACAAGAAAUUCUGAUGACGAAGACAGUAUUAAAUGCAAGCCUGAAGGAGCUAUACUUGAAAAAACAGUUUGGGGCAUUGGUGACGUAGAACUAGACACAAGCACUUUAACUAGCAAAAGUAAAUCAAUACUUCUAAGCUACGAUGUGUAUGAUCAAUGUAACAAGGAAAGUGGGAAGAAAGAAUAUACAAAGAAAAUAGAAUUAGUGCCAGAAGUUAAUUUUGCAAUUGAUGGCCACUCAAAUCCCGAUAAAUUUGUGCAAACAACCGCAAAUGAAUUAAACACUGAGGGAAAGAAAAUUCAACAUGUUUACACCAUUACAAACAACGGCAAAACAGAUUGGGACAGCAUCAAAUAUACGAUAGAGUUUAAUAGUUCUAUAAUCAACUUUAAUGAAACAUAUAUAGUGGCCCAAACCGAGACAAGUACUGAAGUCUGUUCCGUCGACGACAGAAUUCGAAAUGCAAACGUUACAACGCUGCAAUGUGACAUAAGUGAUUUGAUGAAAAACCAAAAAGCUAUAAUUGUAAUAGCAAUGGAUCUGAUGAAGAAUAUGUUUCGUGAUGAAGGCAGAGACAUUAAUGUUUACGUUAAUACAAAAGUGAGCAUCGAUUAUGAGAAAAAAAUAAUGAAAAGUGUGAGUACAGAAAUCUCGAUUAUAUCCACAUUAACUCCGUUGUGGAUUAUUAUUGUUUCAUCUUUAGUGGGAUUUAUAUUAUUAUUACUGAUAGCGUUUGGACUUUACAAGUGCGGUUUCCUGCAAAGAAAGAAAAAGGAAAACUUGAUACAACUGAAGAAAUCCGUGCAUAGACAGAGUGUUAUGCGUAUGUCAAUGCGACAAAGUCGAGCUGCUAGGGACAGUACAUAUUAUGAUAGCCUGCUGGAGGAUGAAGAAGAAUACGAGCGUGAACAACGAGACCUACCAGUAGAACAAUAAUAACUGAUAUUAUCAUUUUUA